AUGAAGCGACUGAUGUACAGGUAUUUCCCGAAUGUAGGUGGGCGCCCCCUACCGACAAGCUAUCGCAGGGCGCUCGUCCAACGCCCACCAAGCAAGUUAACCAUAACUCCAAGUCUUGUCUUGAAAACAACCUCUCUGUGCCCGUUUCAUGGGAUGGAUUUCAUUAACACGGAUAGACCAGAAAUGGUCUUCGUAAGCAUACCGCUUUCUGUUCAAGAAUCGGUAGCGGUUUUAAGGGAGACUACCGAGCUCCAUGAGAAGCGCCUAUCAUCUCUAUGCGAAUUCUGA